CAGCCGGCGUCUCCUCUCUGCUGCAGAGGCCAUGCUGCUGUCCGCCGCCAGUCUCGGUGCAUCCCGGUCCUCCGCAGGUGGAGCCUGCAGCCGCCACCACCACCACCACCCCGAGACCCGGGUUAGCCAGCCGGCCUGGACCCAGUCGGUCCGGUCGUAGAGCCUCAGCCCGCCCGGAGCUGCCGGCAGCACCGACCGGAAGGAAGAGGCACCGGGAGAAAGUGGGAGAUAGCAGCCUCCCUAGCAACAAACCGGUUCCACGGCAUUAUUGGGAUGAGGGCACGCUGAGGACUCCGGCACCCCAAAGCGGACCUGAUCUGGAAGGUUACUGAGAGGGCAUCCAGUCUGCAAAAGGACGUUUGGCUCCGUUAAUCUCCUCUGGUUUUGACCACGGGGUAAUAGGAGGAGGAAAUCUUCAUUUUAACACACUCAUGAUUUCCUCUAUGCACUGAAGAAGCAAAGUGUGACUGAAGUCCUCCUAUAACCCAUCUGUGAUACUGAUCUAAACCCCUGCUAUGGGACACUGCUAAAACGCCUCCGUUCUAAGGUGCUUGUGGUACAAGGUUAGCCUUGAGUUUGGACAGUGGUCAUACUUGGGUAGAGCCGAAAUGAGUGACUCUCCAGCUGGAUCCUAACUUGUUUACACAUCACCUUACAGGUAUUGCAGUUAGAAGCUCAGUAACCCUACAGCUGGACCUUUGGAUUCAUUCAGUUUUACGAUGGAGUAAAACUCCUUCCUCCAUAGUUCUUUUCUCUCUCUGACCGUGGUUACGACUGUGUCCUGGUACUAGAGGAGGACGUUUCUCGUAUGCCUGUGAGGAGCUCUCAAAGCCGGUAGCUCAUCCAUUAUGAAUUCCGGCACCCUUGAACUGGCUCUGAGGCAGAGCGAGAAUUAGACCAUCUCUGGCUUUCGGACUAUGAGCUUAAAUUGGCGUGGACUCUGUUGAAAACCGCUGAACCGUCGUCCACCAUGUCUCUGAGUAAGACCCUGGAGCUGGAGCACUUUGACGAACGCGACAAGGUCCGGCGGGGCCGCUCGGCCCGGGCCCGGAGAGAUGACUCGGCCGGCAGUGGCGGGGGGUCCGGCCCCAGCUCGCGGGGCAGCAGCCUGGUCCCCAGUCCCGCCCACAGCGCCAACUGCAGCUACUACCGGACCCGCACCCUGCAGGCCCUCACCUCCGAGAAACGCGCCAAGAAGGUCCGCUUCUACCGCAACGGGGACCGCUACUUUAAGGGCCUGGUGUACGCCGUGUCCAGCGACCGGUUUCGGUCCUACGACGCGCUCCUGAUGGAGCUCACGCGCUCCCUGGCAGACAAUCUGCACCUGCCACAGGGAGUGCGUGCCAUCUACACCAUAGACGGCGGCAAGAAGAUCACCAACAUGGAUGAGCUGGUGGAAGGCGAGUGCUAUGUCUGCGCUUCCAACGAGCCUUACAGGAAGGUCGAUUACACCAAGAUCUCCGUCCCCAGCUGGAAGCCCGGCGCCAGCUCCGGGGCCGGCGCCUCCAGCUCCACCCGGAGCUCAACGGCCUCCACUGGCGUGUCGACCAGCGCUCCCACCGCCCCUAAAGAACGGGAGGGCCGGGAGGGCCGGGAGAGCAAAGACUUCAUCAAGCCCAAGCUGGUGACGGUGAUCCGCAGCGGGGUGAAGCCGCGCAAGGCGGUGAGGAUCCUGCUCAACAAGAAGACGGCCCACUCCUUCGACCAGGUGCUGGCCGACAUCACCGAGGCCAUCAAGCUGGACUCUGGGGCAGUGAAAAGGCUUUACACGCUGGAUGGGAAACAGCUGACCUGUCUGCAGGAUUUCUUCGGGGAUGACGAUGUGUUCAUGGCGUGCGGUCCAGAGAAAUUUCGCUACGCUCAGGACGACUUUGUGCUCACACACAGUGGAAAAACGCAGGCCUUUGUCAACGAAUGCAAGACAAAAGCUCCUCGCUCAGCUGCCCCUCAGAAGAUCCCCAAAACCCCCAGCGGCUCUGGCCUCUCUUACUCCAAGACUCCACCCAGAGGCCUGUCCAGGACCAAGUCUCCCGGCUUAGCCAAUGAGACCUCAGGAUCGCAGUCCGCUGGGAAGUCAAACAGGUCCAGCCCGUCUCCCACCAGCCCCGGGAGUCGCCGCAGCCUCAAGAUCUCUCCUCGCCGGGCCUCCUCCACAGAUGUCAAUGGAGAGGCGGAGCAGCUGGAUGACGCUGUGGAAGUUAACGGAAACCGAACGGUUUCCUCUUCCACCAUCAACGAGAAAUAUAAAGUGGGGGAAGUCAUUGGAGAUGGGAACUUCGCUGUGGUGAAGGAGUGUGUGGAAAGGUCGACGGGCCAGGAGUAUGCUCUGAAGAUCAUCGACAAGGCCCGCUGCUGUGGGAAGGAGCACCUGAUAGAGAACGAGGUGGCGGUCCUGAGGAGGGUUCGACAUCCGAGCAUCAUCCAGUUAAUCGAGGUGGAUGAAACGCCCUCUCAGCUGUUCCUGGUCAUGGAGCUCGUAAAGGGCGGCGACCUGUUCGACGCCAUCACUUCCUCCACGAAGUACAGCGAGCGGGACGCCAGCGCCAUGGUGUUCAACCUGGCCGGGGCCAUCAAGUACCUACACCGGAUGAACAUCGUGCACAGAGACAUCAAACCAGAGAACCUGCUGCUCAUCGGUUAUCGAUGCUGCGCCUCAAUGCUGAGACGACGUUUCAGCAGCGAUGUAAAAACGUGCCCGUUUAAUGCCAAUGUGCAGGUCUGCGAGUAUCCAGACGGCACCAAGUCACUGAAGCUUGGGGAUUUCGGUUUGGCAACGGUGGUAGAAGGACCGCUGUACACAGUGUGUGGCACGCCCACGUACGUCGCCCCGGAGAUCAUCGCUGAGACGGGUGAGAAUAACAUCCAGGAGGAGCUUUUUGAUCAGAUCCUCAGGGGGAAACUGGAGUUUCCAUCACCAGACUGGGACACCAUCAGUCUGCCUGCAAAGAUGCUGAUUAGUCAGAUGCUGCAGGUGAACGUGGACGCUCGCUUCACUGCCGAGGAGGUCCUGUCCCACCCCUGGGUGACGGACGAAGCACCAGUGGAGUCCAACGUUGUGAGCAGCGCUGAUGACCAGGCUAGCGGAGACGCCCUGGAGGCGGAGCACGGAUCCCCGAUACUGGAAACCAAACAAGUCCCCUCGCCUCUCGUCUAGGAGGGGUCCCGGCUCCCCCGACCGGAGACAGAACAAAGCUCAACAUCUGCCUCCUCGCAUCUGGUCAGGAGGGGAUGAAAAAAAUCAGAGGAGUUUCUUCUCACCGAGAAUAUUUCCUUCUGCCUGAGAAACACUCAGUUUGGAGGUCGGAGGUGACCCGCUGUGAGGGGAGGAGCCCUGUGCCAUCCACCGGAAACAAAGUCAAAGCUGCUCAGUCUGGUCUCAAAUGUCCAAUGCAAACCAUACAUGUCCCUCUUGGAAAAGUCCCGUUUCACCUUCUAGGACCUUAACAGAAACAGAAAAUGCAGUUAUCUGGGUUGAUGUAGGGUUAGGGUUAAAAAUGUCUCCAAACCAAAUAUAUUUAGGUUCUGUUCCUUUUUGAGACCAAACAAGCUCUCACUCAUCUUUUAUAAAUCUAAAACACAUCUGGUUACAUCUGCUGAGGACAGUUUCUCGUCAUGAACACACUACAUGAAACCAAAUGAGUCCCCAUAGAUCUGGAAAACAAAGCCUGCUUGGUUUCUAUUCAUGGGAACCAGUGUCCUUCCCUCGAAUGUAGGAUCGGUCGUACUUUCAGCAUUUCAGCACGAAUAAGUUCUUUCAAAUCUGGGCUCUUGCACCACUCAAGUUGUCAUGGCACAUUAAAUAUGGUCCCAUCUGACUUAAAUCCAGACUGAAGCUCAGGACAUAACUAAAACACGUUCCCUUGUAUGCGAUUGAGUCCCCCAUCCCCCCCAAAUAAUUCCCCCAAAAGUCCGACAUGCUCCCAGCCCCAUGGUCUGGAUUCAUCUGUUUAUGUGCUGAAAAUUGACCAGGGCUCAUCUCGUUGUGCACAUGCUAUCUUUCUGGGUGUCUCCGGGAAACCGUUUCCGACCUUUUGUCCAGACCUGCUUGCACUCACCUGGAGCCUCGGCUGCUGAGCGGUGAUCAGCUCCAACCUGUUGUUGGUUCGGAAUGAAUGAAGUCGCCUCCCUGCUGCUCCAGCGGCGCAUGUGCUCUAUCCACAUAGGGACCCCAUGAAGGUGCUACCAUUUCCCUGGAGCCGGACCCCUCACACAUCCGUUGGUACGAACUGGCUGUUUAAAAAGGGCCUCAAGCAUUUUCAAAUGAAACUGAAUCGUUCAGAAAUGUCGUGGUUAUGGGAUUAUGUUCUCUGACCAGGAUGUCUUCCAUUCCCUCUGGGAAACGUCCCCUUUAUCCCCCCCUCCUCUCCCUCAUGCUUUUGCCCUCUGGUUCUCCUUCUGCUCGCCCUAAAGACUUUUCUCAUUUCUACUCCAUUGUCAUGAAAAAAGAAGAGACAAGUGAGCACUGUGCCUGUUUACACUGCUGAGUAAUUCAUUUCAACAUCCCUAAAUCUGAGCCCUUUGUUCCACAGGUUCAAUCCCUGAGUUCAUCACUGAGUUCUUUUUUUUUUUUUUUACAUACUUUCUCUAUCAAACGGAGCAGGAAGAGUCUGAAUACUUGGGCGGUACUUUUUCCUGACAUGUUCUAGACUGGAAGAUCUGCUCCGUUUCUGCCCUUGUUACAGUGGUUCUGACUGACUUUUGAUUUUUACAAUGCUGAGGGAUUCAUUUUAGGAGAAAUAAAUCCCAACAAUGAGCCUCCCCGAGCCUUGCUUUCCUUUUUCAUUCCUCCACAGGAUAGGUCCCAGUGUCUGGCUCUCCCUCUGCUCUCAGCCUCUCUGGGGACUUUUGCACUGUAACUCUGAUCUACGGAGCGACUUCAAACCUCACAUUUUCUACAAUCCGUUCCACAGCCUGCCGAGGUGUCCGCCCGCGUCGGGACUGGAGUCAGUGGCACGUUUUGGGCCAGUCCACAGCUCUCCGCCUCUUGGUUUACAUCGGGACAAAACGCAAUGUAAAUAUUGUAAAUAUCACGCUCUCUGUCGGCGUCUGUCUCUGUGAGUCUGUUGUGAAGUAGGAAAACAGUAGCAUCUUGAAAAAAAAACUCUGUUGAGCAACAGUGAAAAGAAUCGGUCUCAUCGUUGACACUGUCUCAACACCCUGACAAAAACCCACCAAAAAGGCCGCGUUGAUACAGAAAACAUGUUAGGUUUUAGAUGUCAUUUCAGUAGUCAGGAAGGUAUUCUUAAAAAAAAAAAGAAAAAAAAAAAGAGAAAAACGUGAGCUUUAAGGUUUUUGGAGGGUGCUGAAUAACUAUAAUGAAAGAGUUCCUGCAUUAAAGUCCAUGACAGGAAUGGACAGUGAUGGAUCCCUUUCCUUAUAUGGUCAUGUGUCUGAGAUAAGACAUCCACCAAUCAUAUUGAUCCAUCGACACACCCAUCGUUCUGUGCGUCAGUGUAUGUAGUUUUUAAAGGUCAGCAAGAGGGAAGGAACAUUUUCAUGUUGAAGAAAAGCUUUUGGAGGCGUGUGUCUGUCUCAGUGUGUGUGUGUGUGUGUGUUUUGUGUGCAUCAAAGGAAAGGGUUUCUUUCUGUAAAACUUGAAAAGAAUUGUCAGUCAUCAUCUGGAUAAACGUGUUGACCCCAUGUGGUGACGUGACCUUUCCAUGGCCUUUACCUUUAGCCGGAGCUGCUGGUUCAGAGUUUGGCCCCGUGGGAUUCUGAGGCUACAAGUUUGAGGGGUUCGAAGGACCUCAAAGUACAACAUGGCUGCCCUGCCAAAUAAGAAAAAAGCCAGAAACAUUUUUUAAAAGAGGAGACAUCUGCAGUAAUAAGUAAUUAGUUCAUUUAAUGCGAGUCUGGCUUUAGCACAACUUUAAAUGUGCGAGCUACAGAUAGGACAGCAUAUGUUGAUGCAGACGGUUAAAACACUGAAUCUCAGUGCAGAGUUCCCAAUAAAGUGAUACCCUGUCUGUCUUUGAACUAACGUUGGCUGCAAAGUAGCUCAGUUGCAGUCAUUUCCUCUUUGUUUUUAAGUGUUAGGCGAGCGCUCUGACAGUAUUAAGGUGAGCAGUGACGUGAUUGAUGUGCAGCCAACAGCCCCGCCUCCCUCAGUUCCUCGUAGGGAUUCACGGCUGCUCUGAGUCCGCACCAGCCAAACCCUCUACCAGCAGAUCCGCCUCUGACCUUCUAUGCCUGCUACGAACCCAGUAGUCUUAAUUCUUUUGCUUUGUACCAAACCGAGAGGAGCUUUCCGUCGUUGCCGUUGCAGCUGCAGCUGCCCGGGCCAGCUGGCAGCUCAAGUCUGUCCCUGUCCAUGUCAGUUUUGUGUUGACGUUUCCGGUUUGGGGUCGACCUGUUGGCUGGUUGAGGAGGCAGAGCUGCCAAACUUCUCCCUGACAAGGCUCAAAAGGUUCAUUUGCUUGCAUCAGAGUCGGCAGAUUAUUUUUUAUAUUUGACUCAAAGUGAGUUUGAUAUUAAAUCUGACUAAGCUGACCUGGACCUCUUGAACUCCUUUGCAUUUUGCACUUGAUAAUCCUGUCAGAAAAACACCAACGUCAGCCGGAAUUUCAGUGUUGUUCAGAUUUGUACCUCUAAGAUGACUGUUGCUGGAAGGAAAAACGAGUAAGAAGGCACAUGUGAAAGAAAACCCAUCUCUCGGCUUAUUAAUUGAAAACCUGCCUUUAAACUUCAGAUUCUGGUUCUCUUUAAACCAGCCGUACUGUUUUUACUGAGAUGUUCCGUUGUUCGUGAAUGCUGGCAAUGAGAAGAGUUUAAAAGAUAAAAAGGAGCUGAAUCAGUUUUGACUCGAGUGGCUGUGCUUGCUCGGCCCUUUUGUGUGUGUGUUUUUUUAAAAAUAUCAAUUUAAGUGUGUGUGGGAACAUUUUCAAUCAUGCCUCAUCUAAGACAGAAACUUACUUCCUAUUUUAUAAAGAGCAGUAGAUAAACUAGGAUUCUCAAGCAUACUGAGAUGGGUUUUCCCCAAAAUAAAUCUCGGAGCCCUGAGGAUGAUCAGAUUUUUAAACCAUAAAUGUGACUUCAGUCAUUCGCGACAAAUCUGAAGCAUUUUAUCACAUUGUGUGUAAAAACAACAAAAAACAUUUCUUUGCAGCUAGUUAUCUCCAACUUCAAGUCAAAUCAAAAGAAAAAUAUAAAUCAAAUGAAUUUGUUUCCCCAAGAGGUACUUUUAGGAAAACUAGACCUGCUUACUAUGAAAGGAGGAGUGAAAAAAAAAAGUGUUUUGAAGACAUGUUUUAAUGCUAACAACAUCUGUAAUGUGAUGUAUGUUGAUGUGUGUUUGCUGGGUUCAAGGUGGAGGACACGAAAGCCCUGAUUUGUAAUGAGAGAAUUCAACUGUGAAAUAAAACUAAUGCAGUGCAUAAAAAGAAACCGUUUUUUUAUUCCUACAGGAUGAAAGAAAAUUUAAAACCAAGGUAUAUAUAUACAGAUAUUGUUUUUUAAAUGAGUAUUUUCCACUUUGCCUCA